GCGAGAGUGAGAGAGAGAGAGAGAGAGAGAGAGAGAGAGAGAGAGAGAGAGAGAGAGAGAGAGAGAGAGAGAGAGAGAGAGAGAAAGCGAGAGAGAGAGAGAGAGAGAGAGAGAGAGAGAGAGAGAGAGAGAGAGAGAGAGAGAGAGAGAGAGAGAGAAAAAAAUCGAGAGAGAGAGAGAGAGAGAGAGAGAGAGAGAGAGAGAGAGAGAGAGAGAGAGAGAGAGAGAGAAAAAAAAAAAUCGAGAGAGAGAGAGAGAGAGAGAGAGAGAGAGAGAGAGAGAGAGAGAGAGAGAGUGAAGGCGAAGGAUAGGGAGGAUUGAGGGGGUGUAUGGGGAGAAAGUGAGACGUUUCGUUGUCUUUGGAUGCCGUGCGGAAUAGUGUGUUUCUUGGUCCUAGAUUGACCGCACAGAACGGAUCUCAUAUUAUUUCUUCAAAGACAGAACAAUGGAUUGGAAAAUUUUGAAUUGAAAUGCAAAGCAAAUAUUGCUGGGAGACAUGGAUGCGACUGAUAUGCCGUGGACCGUCACCACCGAGUGGUAUGAGGACGGAAACGAGACAAUUGGGAAUCAAUUCCAACAAUCUAACUUGCAGGUGGCUCUCUGGGCCAUCGCCUACACUCUGAUCAUUCUCGUCUCUGACUGGGAACUGACUGGGAACGUCACAGUGAUCUGGAUCAUCCUCGCUCACAGACGCAUGCGAACCGUCACCAACUACUUCAUAGUCAACCUGGCCUUCUCCGACGUGUCCAUGGCCACCUUCAACACGCUGUACUUUGUCUACGCGCUGCACAACGAUUGGUACUUCGGGUUGGGCUACUGCCGAUUCAGAACUUCUUCCCCCAUCACCGCCAUGUUCUCUUCGAUUUACUCGAUGGCUGCCAUAGCGGUGGACAGUAGCUACCAGCUGGCGUUGAUAUUGCUGAUCUACCUGUUCCCUCUGCUGGUGAUGCUGGUGACCUACAGCCUGGUGGGUCGAUCGCUGUGGGGUGGAGCCAUCCCCGGGGAGCCGUCAGACCAUUACCACCACCAGAUAACAGCCAAGCGAAAGGUGGUGAAAAUGAUGGUUGUUGUGGUGACAACCUUUGCCUUGUGCUGGCUCCCCUAUCACAUCUACUUCAUCCUAGGCUCCUUCAACAAAGACAUCUAUAAACAGCACUAUAUCCAACAGGUGUACCUGGCUAUAUUCUGGUUGGCUAUGAGCUCCACCAUGUACAACCCUAUCAUCUACUGCUGUCUGAACCAAAGGUUCCGUGCGGGGUUCCGCCAGGCGUUCUCCUGGUGUCCGUUCAUCCGGUUCUCAGAAGAGGACAAGACAGAGCUGCAGCACACCAACACCUUUAGGGUCACCAUGACACGCAGUUACCAUGGUGACAGCACGCGCGUGCACGGCCCCGGGACCACAGGCCCCGGGCCCCCCUUCAGCUCCCAGCACACGGGUCCGAAGGCACAGCAGGCCCCGCUCAGGAGACACCCGGCCCCACAGAAAACAAACGGGCCCAACUUAGGGCCCGGGCUUCUGGAAAUGUCCUCCGGGUCUAAGCUGCUGGAGACCUGAGCGCAGCCAAUGGGGAAGAAGGAUUGAGGAUCCCGGCUGCAGGUAGCAAAUCAAGAUGCUCCACGGACCCUGACUGUAUCCAGCCAGGGCCGGUGAAGCCAAAGAUAAAGCUUUGAAUGGUAAAACCUAAAAGCGGGGACAGAGGCCGACUGGGGACAGAGCAGACGUUAUCUUUUCUUUAACAGCCGCGAUAGACAAAAUUAAAAGCAACACAUCAUUGUUGAAGGCUGCUAGAAAAGAACAUGUAAAUACGGCAGGGAAAUCAGAGGCAGAUCUUUCACACAAAUGAUGCUGCUCCUAUAACAACCCUUAUAUCUUUAUCACUUCAUUCUUUUCUUAUUCCUUCUGUUUUACCCCCUCCCAGUAAACACUUUUUCUUCAUUGUUUCUCUUACUUAUGUGGUUGUCUGGCCGGAGAAUGAACAGAGCUUCUAGAACGGUUCUUGUUCAUCAGCUCUGUGGUCAAUAGUUCAGUUGAAGUACAGUAGAAUACAUUUAUUUGACUCUAUAUAAUUCUCAGAUAGUGUCAUCAUCAAGGGAAGAAACUGAAAAAAUAUGCAAUCUUCCAUUGUCUGAGACCGUUACCUUCAAUAUUUAUUUGAACACUAGAAUGUAAAAGAUUAAUAUAUAUAUAUAUAUAUGUAUACAUUUGUUGGAGGCAGGCGGUAACGUUUGACGUUUAAAAUACUUGUAGAUAUUUAUAUUGGCGUGUACAGCAAUGUUGUUCUUGUGAUUGGUAUGUUGUGAUUAUCUGGUUCAUUUAUAAUGCAAUGUGAAUCUAAACUCUAUGUAGGCCUACGGUAUAUUGAAGUUAAAGCGAUAUUGUCUAUGCAGUGCUGCUAAUUGAUUAUUUAAAUGUGACAUUUACAAUUGCUGUCCCUUUUGUGAUAUGAUACAGAACACAGAUGAAAUGGCAGUGUGCCAUUAUGGACGGCAAUAAGCAAAUCUUUUUGAUGUUUCAAAAAAUGAGGACAUUAAAACCUCAAACAAAAUGAUAUUUAUUUGUGUUGUCUUUGCUACUGUCAUUAAGUUGCUGAGUGAAUAACCAUUAAUUCAUCACAUGGUUUGCAUUAAUUUGGUCCAAAGUAAUAAAACAAGAUGAUAUGAUGGUAUCAUAAAAGUAGACAUAUUUUUAUUAUUUGGUAUCAAACGCAAAUAUAAAUUAAACACCAGAUUCAAUGUGCUUUUAUUCAUAGGUUUUUAUUCAUGGAUUGAUCAAAUUAAAUAAAUUAAAUAUGUGGAUUGUGUAAAUUGACAGUUUUUGGAUGUGUUUAGUAUGUUUAGUGUAUGUGUAUGUGCGCGUGUGUGUGUCUGUGUGUGUGUGUUUGUGCAUGUGUUUGUCCCAUUAACAUUGGACAUAUUAAAAUGACCAUGUGUGUAUAUGGCAGUAGUAGUUUGGGACUAAAAAGAAAGCUUAAAAGAAAAUUGGCAUUUGAAAGUGAAUAUUGUGGGGUUUAUUGCUAGUGUAUUGUAUAACCUUGAUAAUAGUGACAGUAAUAGUUAAUCAGUUACUGGAUUGGUUGAAUAGGUAAUGUCUUUGGAUAGCAUUUAUUUAAAUUGGACUACAAUGAUGUAGUUCAUGAACGACAUUACAUGGCGAACUGCAAUCUUAAAAUAAUAUUGAAAAUCUCAGCAGACAGUUUCACAGCCACAAAGGAUUACUGACAAUGACACGAAUUCCAUUUAGAUAAAAGCAUUAGAAGUGAUCUUUGGACAACUUUUGCAGCACACUAGAGAAAACUUAAUAUAUUGUUCAACAGGACUAAGUUGUUUGUAAACUUGACUAUGAUAAUAUUUUUCUCUAGACUUGCUACAGUUGCAGGUUGUUUCAACAUCAUUUAAGUACAAAAAUAAAAUAAAUAGCCAAUAUGAUAUGACAGCUAGGCAAGAUAUUAGCAAAAGAAAAUACUCCCUUUAUCUCAUUAUACAUACAUAUCUUUUAAAAAAUAUAUAUUUCUCCUUUCCCUUUUUUACGCCUUUUAACAGACAGUGAAUCAUUAUUAGCUCAGCAGACGUAGAGCGCAACUUUACCUCACAAUCAGUGUUUAGCCUCCUCA